AUGAGCCUUGAUCCCAGUGCCUUUCCGAGGUCGAACUCCCCCGCAAGCUCCGAGAGCUCCUUGACGCGCCCGCGCCUCCAGGGCAAGGAAGGGUCUCUGAAAAAAGACAAGACCUACCGCCGCUAUGCGUCGAGCGUCGAGCGAGCCUUGUCAUUGUUCGACAACGCCCUUCAAGAAUGGGCCGACUACAUCUCCUUCCUCAGUCGCCUACUAAAGGCACUCCAAACACAUCCUCCCGAUCAGCCAGUCGUCCCACAUAAGCUGCUGGUUUCGAAGCGACUUGCUCAAUGCCUAAACCCGUCAUUACCAUCGGGCGUCCACCAAAAGGCGCUUGAGGUCUAUACGUACAUUUUUGGCUUGAUUAAGCUUGAGGGAUUGUCGCAUGAUCUUCCGCUGUAUCUACCUGGCCUUGCACCCACCCUAACAUUCGCCUCGCUCUCUGUUCGGCCGCUUUUCCUAUCUUUGGUGGAAGGAUACAUUGUUGACCUUGAACCGUGGGCCAUUCGCCCCGCUUUGAAAGCAAUAAUCCUAGCCCUGCUUCCUGGCCUGGAAGAAGAGACAAGCGACGACUUUGAACUGACGCUACGAAUUCUCAACAAGCUGCGAGAUGUCUCCGGUCUCCUCGAGACACAAAGGACAUCCGAAGCUGGCUCUUCUGGGCAAUACUUCUGGCAAUGUCUUUUCCUGGCUUCAAUUACGAACUCCAGCCGACGACUCGGCGUUCUGGCAUAUUUGAACCGCUACCUUCCAAAGCUAGGAAUUGCAGAUCGUCGACCAAGUGUGGCCGAGACCGGAGAUAUGAAGGAUAUCCCGCCUGAGAUGCUUGCAGCAGCCGAUUCAGUAAUUCUUCCUGAGCCAGGCCUCUUGAUCCGCUGCUUUGCAUCAGGGCUGUCUGAUGAGCAGCUACUGGUCCAGCGCAAUUUCCUCGACCUACUCGUGACCCAUCUUCCUUUGAACUCUCCGAUUUUACAAACUCGACUUGCCGAGGGAGAUCUUGAAACAUUGAUUAUUUCUGCUGUGGGCGUGGUAGCCCGGCGUGAUAUGAGUUUGAACCGCCGCCUGUGGUCAUGGUUUCUUGGACCGGAGCCUGCGAAUGAGCGAUUGUCGAUUGAUGGUCGGAAAUUCUCAUCGGAAACUGCUCGUUCGUCCUCUAUUGAUGGCGGGGAACUCUCCCAAUCCCAGUAUUUUGGUCGCGUGGGAUUACAGCCAUUGGUCAACGGUCUUCUCAAAAUGAUAAAACAAGCUCCCAGAGCCCCUUCUGAGCGGACGAAACCCUUUCGAAUUUCACUCUCUUUAAUGGAUCGUUGGGAAAUUGGUGGAUAUAUCGUCCCAGCCGUUUUUCUUCCCACCAUGUACAGCGUUCAGGCAUUCGAGAAAGAUGCACCCAAGGGUCACUUCGAAGAAGUUUUCCGCAGUGCAAGUGCAUUCUUCGAUGGUGUCGAAAGCAGUGUCAUUUUCUCAGAGCUCCUGCACCUAGUUGACUUCCGCUCCAAGGACGUGGAACAUGAUCAUGAGCAAGUCAUGUGCAGCUUGAACCUUGCUCAGUUUAUCCUUGAAAACUUCAACGUGCGAGAAGAGGACAUGAUACAUCUACAUGUUCCUCUUCUGACUGUCUCAGUGCUUGUGAAAAUGAGUGAAGUUGCAUCAAUGAACGCUCGUGUCAAUAAGCAGGCCGUGUCUAACGCUUUGAACGACGUGCUAAAGUCACUGACACCAUUGCUUACAGAAAGAGUCUUUUCUAGGAAGACGGGCCAGGAGAAAUCGUCCGCUGAUGGCAAGGCCCGGAAUGCUGAGAUUAUGAAACAGGUGCAUCAAUUCUACGAGAUCAGCAAAAACAGCCUUGAUCUUCCACCCCUACCGUUUGCCCCCAAGCAGAUCGGCGAGAUGAUCAUCCGGGAAGCCCAUGAUCUUUGCAUCGGAGCCCUAAAGGACGAUGAUGGCACCUCAUCUCUCAAUGAAAAGCUCAAUAUCCUUGUGACGCUAUUGCAGAGACUUCCCAAGUCGCGCAUCCUCCGCGACAGAAGACUCUAUAAAGCUAUCUCGCAAAGGUUGGCUAUCAAGAAUGCUAAAUUGACAACUGCAGCAUUCGCCGUCAUUUCUACCAUCGCUUCUUCUGUGACAAACCUAUUUUUUAUCCAUACCCCCGGCUUCUAUGUAAGCUACGAGGAUGCGUGUGAUGUCAUUCCAAGCCUGGUUGAGCAACUAUGGCAGUAUUUGUCGCCAUCAAGCCCAAAGUUUCAUGUGGAGGCUGUGCGCUGUCUCUGGCUGCUUCACUCGAUCUCUUGGGUCGACCAUCUCGUUGAGGCUUCGAUUACUUCUUUGAUGAUUAGCACUGUGGCUGCCGGAGCUUAUCAUCUAUCCUCGGAAGAGAAGGCAGAAAAGUUCUAUGUUCUGUGGAAUCACAGUCACCACGGGGCGCAUGAACAGACCCCGAAGCAAGUCCUAGACGUCGGAGGAUCUUUGUUCUCGUACCAAUGUACUAUGCUUGAACGCCCACUAUUCAUUGUCUUGGACCUUUUGUCCCAAGAGCCUGGCGAUGUCUCUCAGAGCGUCCAGCAGUGGCUUCAAGACCUCCCGACUAUUCACAAGAUCUUCCAUGUUAUCAUUUCAAAACUCGAGGAACUCUUCGAGCGUGGCACCCCUAGUGAAGCAAUCCAUGAUAACCAAACUAUCUCUCCGGACGAUUACAAGGAGUGCUAUUACUUGUUGCGAACAGCUUCUAAUAUCAUCUCUAUUCUUUCGCAUAACGGGUGGAUCAUUCUUCUGUCUCACACCCUGAGCCAGGCUGAGAACCGCACAGAUGCAGUCAAAUCUGACGAAAACUCGAGCGGGAAAAGUCUUCAUACAACCUUCUUCGAAGCAUCUCUUAGAAUUAUCAGCGGUCAAACCCCCACCCCUACCCCCACACAAGUCAGCACCGAGGGGGAGAGACUACAGAAAGAUGCACUACAUCUCAUGCGACAGCUUCUCCUAGGCCCUGGCGCGGAGGAUCUUGUCGAGUCUGGAAUUGAUGAGUUCCUAGUUGAACGUCUUCUAAUCUCAUCUGAAGGUGGCAGCGUUGCGGUACAGGGUGCAAUCAUCGAUGCAUUACUCGCCGCUCUUAAGGUGCGGUUCGCCCAGGCGUACGUGCCACCACCGCCCCCUCGACCUAAACAUCAACGAGCUGGCUCUCGUGAACGCUUGAAAAGCCCUUCAAUGCUGUCUUUCACCAGCGACAAGCCAGAAAGGAAGUCUUCAAUGGCUCACAUUCCUCGUCCACCUGAGCGGCUUUUAGAUUGUCUUCUCAAGGGGAUUAGUUCAGCCAAAUCUCGAGAAAUUGUCGACAAGUGGAUUGGACUCCUCUGUGAGGUUCUUCCUCUCUACUCUGGCCAGAUCUUCCAGAUUCUUCUCAUGCUUGUUGAGUGCUUUUGUAGAGAGAUCAGGGCAUCUUUUGGAAGACUUCAGCUCGCAUUCCAGCAAACAGAAGACUGGCCUCAGGAUCGCUCCGAACAUGUCACUAUUGCUUUAUUGACGGGUCUCGAAACUUGCAUCGCCAAUGCCCACGAACGUCUUCUGGUGGAAGAGUCAAAUGUACCUGCGGUCAAGAGUCCGGAUCAACCUCAAGGGUUCUUUGGAAACAUGGUCUCGGGGGUUUUCCACUCAGAGGGUAACCAGGGUCGAUCUAACACUGCCAAUGACCGCUUGACCGUUCUGCUCUGCUUCCAGGAUGCGGUUCGUCUUUGCUUCUCUAUUUGGGCUUGGGGUGCUGGAGAUAAGAGCGGAGUUCCUCCCGAUUCGGAGUCAAUGGCAUCGUUCCAGUAUACAUCAUUGCGCAUGCGCAACAGAUCGCGACGGAUAUUGGAGCAUUUUUUCACUGCUGAAGCACUUGAAUGCCUCGAGACACUGGUUGAGAUGUGGACCAAAUCCGACAUGGAGACUGCAACUCUCAUCUUCAGCCUCCUACAUACUCUCGAUGGAUCACGUCCAAAGAUUGCUAUUCCAGCCGUUUUCAACGCCAUUUACACACGUACAAACCCGAGCGCUUUGGAAAAUAAUCGCAAGUCUUCUUUGACAUCCAGCCUUUCUGAAUCUGAGCUUGCCAGCUUCUUGGUUGCAUAUGCACGCUCUUUGGAUGAUGAUGUUUUGGAUGAGAUCUGGUCCGAUUGCACAACGUUCCUACGUGACGUUUUGAGCAACCCCUUCCCCCAUCGACAGAUCCUUCCCCGACUCAUUGAAUUCGCAGCUAUCUUGGGUGCGAAAUUGGAGAAUACAACAUUUGGCGAGGACCGACGGAUGCGCAAGGAACUCGGAGAUGUGCUUCUCCGACUGCUUACAGCGGUAUUUACCAGCAAGCCACUGGGGCUUAACCAGGAUAGCGGUCUCAUGGCGAGAUCGUCUGUAGACUACGAUCAGACUGCAGUCUCACACACCGGGCCCGACGACAUGCUGAGCAUUCUUACAGUUUCCAUGCCAUCAUUCAUCACAACUUUGGGUGAUUCGGACCGCAUCAAUACGGCCAUCAGCGGAGUGUCGACCAACGUGAUCGGCCCUCUCAUUCGCUCCCGUCUGUUCCCCAACAACCUCAAUCGCAACGUCAUGGUUCUUUUACAGCAGAUGGCCAAGGUGCCCGCAGCAGCAAAGGUGUGGAAGAAGGAUAUAGCAGAUGCUUUCAACGACCCGCGUUUCUUCGGCCUGCAAGUGGAAUUGAUCAAGGCCACUUGGAUGGAUCUUCUGCGGCAGUGGGUUCUCGCCGACAAGGAGCGUUUGGCUGAGUUGUUGGGUCGACUUCCGCCGCCAAGCGCAGCUGGAAUCAUGUUUGGUGUUGGAGCCUCCGCAGCGCGGCUAGAAGCAGAUCGCAAGGCACAACUCAACCUUCGCCGCAUCGCCCUGCUUCUUCUUUCCGCCAAUGAGGACUACUUUGUGGGCGAGCUGCCAGGUCUACUCCAAAAGCUGGAGGAUCUCCUAGCUGCAACUAGCUCUUCAUCACCAUCAUCUGCGACGCGUGCUGAGAUCUUCAUGGUUUUACGAGCGCUCGCCCUCAAGACUUCUACUUCCACCAUGGCGUCAUUCUGGCCAUUGAUCAAUAUGGAGCUGCAGGAAGCUAUAUCAGCUGUUCCACGAGGUUCUCAGUCCGAGAUCUACAGCCCGUAUUCAUUGUUACAGGCAUGCAAGCUGCUCGACACAUUGCUAGUGAUCGCACCAGACGACUUCCAACUCCUGGAAUGGCUCUUCGUCACGGAUACAAUCGAUGCAGUGUACCCACCCAACCGCUGGGAACCCAUCGCCCUUGCCGACGAAAUCUCCCAAAGCUUCGGACCACGCAGCGUUCUCUCGCCGGCCAUGACACACGAGCAUGCCGAACCCGUAACACGCAGCGGCCUCAAACGGCCGUGGCUUACCUCCGACCGAAUCCGAGAAACGGCCAAGGACGAGAUCGUUGAACGGGUCCUGCGACCGUUCUUUGACCGGUUGAGUAUCUACGUGUUUGAGAGCACCUAUGGAAUGGAAAGUGUGGAUCUGGGCGUGUGCCGGGAUGACCUGCUCGCGGAUCUAUUCAAUGAGAGCACGAUGGCGAAUUGA